AUGUUUUAUUCUUCUUUAAUAAGUAUUUCAUUUCUUGCUGUUGUACUGUUCAAUGAAGUACAAUGGGCGAAUACUAGUGGUAACGGCAAAUCCCCAGAUGAUUUAACUGAAGAUCCUAAUCUUGGAGUUUUUCCACCUCGUCCAGGCGAGGCGGGCUCACAAAUACCUCCGAAUUGGCAAUGGAAACGAGUGUUAGUCGAUGAUUUAUCUAGUCAUAAUCCUGAAAUAAAAAGACGAGCGGAACAAUUAUUUCAAGAGAAUACAAUAUAUUCGAUUUUGUCUAAUGAAGAAAAUCGAGCAAGAAAUGACUACGAAUCGAAAGAACAAGAACAUAUUCGAAACAAACAAAUUCAAUACAAUGAAAAUAUGAAAGACGAAUGGAAGAAAAAUCGAAUGGAUUCAUUACCAAGCAAAUGUAUACUUUCACGACGAUAA